AUGAGCAAACACGCCAAGUCACAAUCCAUGUACGCGUUCGAGAACCAAUCAUCGAGCAUUGCAGCCUCGCAGAUGAGGAAUGCUUUGAACAAGAUGAUUGAUGGAGUUCCGGAGGAGAAGCAGAAGGCGAAGUUCGAGAAGGAGAUGGACUCGUUCUUCGGCCUAUUCCGGCGGUAUCUCACGGACAAGGCGAAGGGCAACACGCUCGACUGGGAGAAAAUCCACUCUCCAAGUAAAGAGGAGGUGGUUUCGUACGGCACGCUCAACAACGACUCCAGCACGAAUUUGGACAAGCUGGCGGUGCUCAAGUUGAACGGAGGCCUCGGCACGUCGAUGGGCUGCGUCGGUCCGAAGUCGGUGAUCGAGGUGAGGGAGGGCCAGUCGUUUUUGGACCUGGCAGUGCGUCAAAUCGAGUAUUUGAACAAGAAGUUCGACACGGACGUGCCGCUCUUGUUGAUGGACUCGUUCAACACGGAUGACGACACACAGCUCAUCGUGAAGAAGUACCAGUCGCACCGGAUCCGGAUCCGGACUUUCAACCAGUCACGUUAUCCAAGAAUCUACAAGGACUCACUUCUUCCGGUUCCGCAGACCCAUGAGGAUGAUCUCAGCUGCUGGUACCCUCCAGGCCACGGAGACUUGUUCGAGGCCUUGGUCUCGUCCGGGGAGCUCGACCACCUUCUUCAGGAGGGCAAAGAGGUGCUUUCGUGUCGAAUGGUGACAAUUUGGGGGCUACGGUGGACCUGA